CGGCGAGAGGCGAAUAAAAAUCUUCCAAAAUUGAAUUGCGUGUUUCCAGGGCAAAAACCAUGAUCGAACAAGCUUUCUGGAGUGUUCACUAAGCACUCUGAUAUAAAUGCCGGAGCCACCCAUGUAUUCAGAAUGCCUGAAACCAUAGGGAAUUUGAGAAAAUAAUAGGUACCACACUCUAUUCGGUAAAACAGAGACUCUCACUCUCACUGUGGUACAAAUCGAGUCAUCCCUGGAAAUGACAGAAGAUAUAUGCCUCGUGACAGGUGCGAGUGGCUUCGUUGCCAGCCAUGUUGUCCAACAAUUACUCGAAAGCGGCUACCAGGUCCGCGCGACGGUUCGCAGUAUCAAGAACGAGAAAAAGGUCAAACACCUGCUUGACAUGCAGGCCAAAUGGCCUGGGAAAUUGACUUUGUUUGAGGCAGAUCUCCUGAAAGCAGGGUCGUUCGAUGUCCCAGCGAAGGGCUGCUCGGUGGUAUAUCAUAUUGCCUCGCCCUUUUUUAUCGAGAGUCGCAUCCGUGACGGCCAGAAAGAGGUGGUUGAACCGGCUCUGAAAGGAACACAACAUGUUCUCGAUGCGGUCCAGAAGAGUGAAACGAUCAAACUGGUCGUCGUCACAUCAUCCGUAGCGGCGAUUUUUGGGGACAACGCAGACGUGCAGAGUAUGAAGGAUAACACACUCUCCAGCGAGUAUUUCAACACUACCAGCACCGUCACACACAAUGCCUACUCUUAUUCCAAAGUGAUUGCGGAAAAGGAGGCGUGGAAAUACUACGAAGCACAACCGAGCCCACGGCGCUGGAGAUUGGUGACAAUCAACCCGGGACUAGUUUUGGGCCCGUCACUCUCUCCCACUUCGGAAUCCGGCAGUCUGUCUCUCCUUGACCAGCUGCUCCGCGGCGAAUUGUUUUUGGGGGUUCCAGACCUGUGGUUUGCCACUGUCGACGUCCGAGAGGUUGCCACGGCUCACCUUCGAGUAGCACAAAACCCGGAUUCGCACGGCCGGUAUAUCUUGGCCGACAAAGAAAUGCACGGUUUUGUGGAGUUGGCUCGCAUCCUACGCUCGAUUACUCACUCCAGCCGGAUUCCAGAGCAUAAGCUUCCAAAUUCAUUGGUACGUUUAUGCGGGCCACUGCUCGGCUUAAGCCAAAAGUGGCUGAAAUUGAAUCUGGGUGUCAAGUUCAAUAUAGACAAUCACGCCAGUUUGGAGGAGUUGAAGAUCGUUUACAGGCCUCUGGAGGAGACAUUAGCAGACCAUUUCCACUCUUGGAGUGCGCAGAGAAAUUCGCAUUAGGAAUGCUGGGUCAGUAAUGAUGUCAUGUUGGGAAUGGUUUAUGCUAAUACCUGUCGCUUUUGUUUGUCUUUUGGAAGUAGACAUGGAAGCAACCCUCUCCCACCCUUAUGGGUGUCACUGGCUGUCGGCCGCGACGGUCAUAACGUUCAUGCCCGAGGCUACCUGAGGGACUAAUUCAAGCGAUUAUCACUCCGAUGGCGAUUACAAUAGGUAAUGCCUUAUGACGUGGGAGAGAAU